AUGAAUGAUGAUGCUGCACAUGCAACCCGUUUUAUUGGAUUAGCCCCAGUAGGAGAUGCAUCUAAGCAGAAAUUUAUUCAUGCAAUUUCUCCAACUCCAGCAUCUACCAUGUCUUCUACUGAGAGAUAUCUACCUAACCACCAAACACCACCUUAUCUCCAUAUACACAAGCAGAACCAGAAAAAAAAUCUGCUGAAAGUCUUUCUGAUUCACAGUAUUGGCAAUAUGAUGUCUCAAAAAGACAAAAACUUGGAAGUGGAGAAAGUCGAAGGGAGAACAAAUUCAAGAUCAAAGGAAUGUUGGUUUUGUUUAUCGAGUCCAAAUGUGGAAUCACAUUUGAUUACCAGUGUUGGUGAAAAUUGCUACUGUGCUCUUGCUAAAGGGCCAUUGGUUCAAGAUCAUGUACUUAUAUUACCAAUUGAACAUCUACCAAAUACUCUCACUUCACCUCCAGAAUGUGAGAUAGAGUUGGUUAAAUUCCAGAAGAUUCUUAAAGAUUAUUUCAAGAGCCAUGGAAAAGAAGUUGUUUUCUUUGAGUGGGUUUAUGUAAGAGCAACUCAUGCUAAUCUACAGGCGAUUCCAGUUCCUUUAUCAAGAGCAUCUGUUGUUCAGGAUAUCUUCAAUUUAGCAGCUGAAAAGUUGGGAUUCAAGUUUAUGGUGCUAAAAAGUGACAAGAAAAAGUAUGGAGAAGUGAGUCAACAACCGACUACAAGUGAAACCACAAAUGCAAUAGUGGUGAUCAUCUUCAGAGUUGCAACAGUCGAAAGAAGAUUGUAUCUAGUAAAAAGUUCUGAUUCAUCUUAUUUGGGUAGGUUGUAACUUUAUCGAGUACACUCGGAAAACUCGUUCCUCGUCAUCUGGAAGAAAAUUCAAUCAAAUUUACUUUUAAUCUGCAUUGAUCUUUAUAUGUAUGGAUUUUGUUUUUUAAAAUGACAUUUAAUAUUUCAUAUUAUAAAUGUGAAGAUUUAUUUGGUUAUUGUUGUAUUGCAAAG